GAUCAAGAGUCAGCAGCAUAAUAGGUCCUGAUCCUCUCUUGUCCCUGAGAACCUGUUGGUGCUGAUGGUACUACCACUGUUACGGUUGGCCCCCGCCAGUCUGCUUUAUUCUUCUUGUUCCUUGGAGAAGACUCUGCAGUGCAGCGGUUCCUUCCAUGGGCUCCCCACGCCCUCCCUGCAGUGGUUGAUGGGAGGUGCUCCCAUGGGUCUGAACAACAUGAAUAACAUCUUCCAGGUGACUUUUAGCAUAAUUGCCCCUUGGGCCAACAGCACCAUCACCCUCCUCGGGGAGCCUGAAAUAACCAUGGGCCUCCACUGUGAGGGGAAGGACCGAUAUGGCAUCCAUACUUCAAGCAUCUUCCUCAUACCAGAUAAGAAUUCAGUUUCCAAUGCGUUCGUGAAAGGGCUGAUCCAGGGCGUCGUGUAUGGACCCAUUGCAUCAGCACUAUUCUCCUUCCUUGUUCUCCUUGCGUGAGUAUCAAGUUAAAAUUCAACAGCAAGGGGG